CCAGCCCCAUGGGGCAUGGGGUCACUUGCAGGUUUAAACUAAUAUAAAUGGUGAAUUCUCUGUAACUUGCAGUUUUUAAAUCAUGAUUUGAGGACUUCAGUAACUCAGCCAGAUGUUCUGGAUCUAUGACAGGAGCGAGUGGGUGAGGUUCUGGGGCCUGCAAUAUGCAGGAGGUCAGUCUAGAUGAUCAUAAUGGUCCCUUUUGACUUUAGUAAAAGUAUCUGAGUAAGAAUAUACAUUACAAUUUUAAACCUAACCAGUGGCCCUUAAGUGACUUGCCACAAGAUGUCAGAACAUAUUAGUGUUAGAGCUGAGUGGGUCUAAUAUUUAUUUAAUUUUCUUUCUUGAUAUAAGAAUUAGAUACAAUGCUCCUGUCAGAUAUUGUUAAGUUAUUAUCUGGAAAAACGUUAAGUGUUUUCAGUUGCCUAAGUAGACCCUGGAGUCAUGGUUAAAAUUGUGCUCCCUGUCCAAUCUGAAAUGACAUCCCUGUGGGCAGGCCCAGAAUGUGCCCCUCCCGCUACGCACACCACAUUGGCCUAUCUGGAGCCACCCUCCCAAAUAUAGAAGUCAAACUGCACCUCGCUGACUCUGCAAAGGUGGAAAAAGCAGGCCUGACUUCACUGAAUUCACUGCUGUUGAGCACAUGACAGGAAAACCCAGAGGCUGCGGGGAGAAACUGUAGACAACCGAAACAGACUAGCCAAUGGGUUUCUACUCUGUGUAACAGCCCAGGAUCAGUAGUCUUACAGUAGACCAACGUGUGAGUAAGACGCUUCAGACUCCUUCCAGAUAUUUUGAAUAAUAGAAAAAGAAAUGAAUCUUGCAAAUGACGGUGCAAUGUUUAGUGCCAUUUAUGACUGGAACUAUGUUCUGUGGGAAGUUCGUUUGAAGUUAUUAGCAGCUGGUUUUUUCAGCUACCUGGGAGUAUUUCUUCUAGCUCACUGGCUGUCCUUAUGGAUCAGUACCACUUAUUGCACUUUGUCAGCAAAGAAGAAGAUCUUCUGGAAUAUGGAUAUCACACGUGGUCUGUUUGCAGUUCAGAGUUGUGGAGCUGGCUUGUGGGCCUUGCUUAUAGAUCCAGUUUUUCAAGUUGACCAAGUGUACGCACAGCAAAAAUGGAGCUGGUUUCAUUGCUUAAUAGCCGCUGGCUACUUCUUGCUUGAAAAUGUAGUUUUUAAUGUGUCUAACAUUGUUUUCAGGAUAUUUGAUGUGUUCGAUGUAGUUCAUCAUUUAUUUGCCUUUGGUGGGCUUCUUGGUCUGAUAAUUAACAUAAAGUCUGGACACUAUCUACCCCUGAUGGGACUGCUACUUGAGAUGAACAAUCCUUCAUACUGCAUAUCCUCUAUUCUUGCAAGGAUUGGCUGUGCUAAUACCCUUUUUUGGAAGGCAAACCAAUGGAUAAAUAUCCAUAUGCUUCACUGCCGCAUGGUCCUUAUUUAUCACAUGUGGUGGGUGUGUAUUUCCCAUUGGAAUGAUGUGGUGGAAAAUCUGGGACUUCCAUAUUUUAUUGUUUUUUUCAUGGGGUUAAGUACACUUACGUUAAUACUUAAUCCGUACUGGAUGUUCAAAUCGACUCAGCGGCUCUUUGGUCCAGUUGACAGGAAAUUUCCAAAAACAGCAGUGAAAAAUGCAUCCUAUGAAAAUUUAAAUAUUGAAACAUUCCAAAAGAAGAGGAUAUAGUUCUGCAACAGCUAUUCAGGUUACAGUAAUAUAUGUCCAGGAGAAAAUGGUGCAGGUUUACUAGCAAGUCCAUGAAAAUAGAAUUGCUUACAAGAAGUCUAUGAAUAUAUUGAUCUGUUUGCAGUUUGCUACCAGUGUACUAUACUCAUUUGUCAAAAGUGUUUUAAAAUUGUUGCUGUCAAUCUUUAAAAUACACACAUGCUCUUUGACUCAGUCAGGAUUUAUGCCAGUAAUUUUAGUCUGGGAGCAUAAUGUAAUCUCAUUCUGGGGGUGAGAGGCAAAUUAGUGAUAGAAAUGUAAGGGAGGUGUCAUUUGAUUCAUAAAAAUCUACAGAUUCAUAAUUUCCAUGAUGUUACUGUCUGUAGCUUGGCAGGAGGGAUUCACUGACUUUCCUCUCCCCUGCUCCCCAUCUCCAGGUCCUCCUGGUUGGUGGAAAUUUUAUGAUAGAACUUUGUCAGAAAUGGGUCAAAUUACGUAUUAUUCAAAGCUCUUUCUCCCAUGAACACAAUGGUACCAAACAUGACAAACCCAAAACAGUUAGGUAGGUAUCUAUUGGAGAAAAUAUUGAAAUAUUAACUUUUUUAAAAUUGUACUUUAACACAAGGAAGCAUUGCGUGCAUGAAAAAGACACUGACCUUUCGUAAUCCUAACAAGUUUAGUCUUGACAUGGAGGAUUGAAAAUAUUUAUUUGUCAGCAUUGUCAUCAGUGUCAUUACUGUCUAGGGCUAGUGAUAGACACGUUAGCACAUUGAUCCUCAUCCAUGCCACGCUCACACGUCUCUGUAUAAGGCAGACAGCUGGCCAGACAUCUGCAAGGUGUUGAGCAUCUCGUCUUUGUGCAUGAAAUUUUGAUUAGCUGAAGGAUUGAUUUAGGAGUGCAUGGUAUUUCAUGCGUAACUGGUACAAUCAGUGCAUCCUCCAAGACCUAUCCGUCCCCAAUAAGAGAGGGUAAGUUUUAGAUGCACGCAGUCAUCCUGGAGCCAUUCCAUUGCUUGAUAAUUUGCCCUCUUGAUAGCAGACAUAAAUGCAUCCCUUGUCAAUGGCAAUUUUUCUGCUUUUUUUUUAAACAUCCACCAUGAAUCUCUGUAACUGUCAUAAUGUUCAUCUUCAAAUGGUAAAUUCAGCAUAUGUACGUCUCUAGUGCAUUUACACCCUCAUCUAUGACUGUCUCAGCCAUUGUGAGCACCUUCAGCGCAAGGACAGAGUCUUCGGAGGCUGAAUAAAAUGCCUUCCUGUAAAAUCAUCUGGUCUUUCUAGCCAGCCUCCAAGCAGCGUCACAUUCCAAAAAGGGUGUGGAAACCUGGCAAUUCGGCUGUUGAACAGGUCUAUAAAGACCCAGGUCUAGUGACACAACAUAUUUUGAAGAUGUAUUUGUUCAUAUAUUUAAAUUUAAAUUUUAAAUUGAAUAUUUAAAACCACCUUCUCUGUUUGCCAAGCAGGAACUGUGUGGGACCAGCGCAGGGCCUUUUUAUGUAUGUUUGUGAAAGAGAGACUCAUUAAGAGGAAUGUAUAGCUCUUAAUGUAUAGCUUUUAAUGUCUCGCAUAGGAGUUAUGUGUUUAAUAUAACCCUUUACCACUUCUGUAAUUCCUUCUCAAUAAAUUGCUGUGUAUUGAAGAUAA